CAAUUUCAAUUUCCCUUCCGCCGUUGAGCCCUUUUGUUCGUCUGUAGGGAUAAGAUUCAUCCAGACCCCUCUCUCUCUCUCUCUAGAGAUUUCUCUCACUGUUUGUCUCGAAGAAGAAGAAGAAGAAGAAGCUUCAAGUCUCUGAUUACAGUAGUGAGAGAAAGUCUUCAGAGAGAGAAAACAAUGGAUUCCAUUGAUGGCCUUCCAGAUUCCUUCAAAGAGAAACUCUCCAUGGUUGACCCCUUUUUGGUCGAGGCACUUCACAACCCUCGACACCGUCUAACCAUUCUGCGAAUGGAACUCGAUAUCCAGAGGUUUUUGGAAAAUCAAGAACAGCAAGUGUUUGAGUUCCAACACUUCCCUACGUCGUAUCUUCGACUCGCAGCUCAUCGUGUUGCUCAACAUUACGGCCUGCAAACUAUGGUUCAGGAUAAUGGCAUUGAUGGACAAGGGAGAAUUCUGGUGAGGAAUACUGGUGAAGCUAGAUUCCCGCCUAUCUGCUUAUCUCAAAUACCUGCAAAACAGUCCGUUGAUGAUGAACUUGGGUGCGUUAAGAUUGCGAUUAGACCGAGGUUGAAUAAGUCGUCUGAUGAUGCUGGCAAUGGUAUGGCUAGGCAGUGUCUUGGUAGGACUGUGGAGCAGAGGAUGGAAGAGUAUGAUAAGGCUCGUGCUCGAAUAUUCAGUAGACAUGGGAGUACUGUAUUGUCCAAUGCCUUCCCUGAGGAGAAAGAUAUAUUGGCAAAUGGAGAUGGAGGAGAAGGGUGUAGAGUGAAUGAAGUUGAGAAGUAUACGAGUAUCAAAGAUGCCGGGAGUGGGGCUACUUCUCGGGUUGCCAUUUUAAGAGAUAGGGAAAAGGAUCUUAGUGACCCGGAUUAUGAUCGGAGCUAUGGAAGGUAUAUUAGGAGCCUUCCGAUUAAUCCAACUCCGAUCAUGAAUUUUGCUCCUUUUACCGUGCAAAGCAUCCCGCCUUCAUUUACUGGUUACCAUGUACCUCGGAACGAGGUUUCGUUGGGCUAUAUUUCUCCUUCACCUAUCAAGACUGCAGGAUUGAAUCAGAUAUCUAGAACCAUGGCCAAUGUGCCUUGGCCAUAUGCAGGGAUGCUGCACGCUCAUACUACUUUCCGGGCUCCAUUGUACCAACAGGCUUUGAGGUCAGACUAUGUGCAAUACCAUUGAUUAAAACUGAUUUUACUUAGGUAAUCAUAUUAUAUAUAUACUCACUAUGUUGCUUCCGAACCUCCAAUUAUAAUCAAUUAUUUUAAAUUAAAACCUUAUAUUUAUA